ACGGAAAGUAAACUAUAUUUUUUGCCAGAGAGUCGUCCAAAAAAAAGGUUAACAACACGUUGUCGUAUUGAGAAAAAAAAACUUCGUCACCCAUCGGCGAAAUCUGGGAAGACUAAAACCCUAAAAGUAAACCGGACAGACAGUGGAAAUCUAAUUCGUCUCCCUCGUUGGAAGGAAGAGGAAGAUCAAAAUGCCGCUCUACGACUGUAUGCUUCUGUUCAAGCCAAUUAUCCGGAAGGAAGGCGUCAUCGAUCUCGUUUCCCGCAUCGGGAAACACGUUUACAGCAGAAAUGGCGUCCUCACCGAUAUCAAAUCCUUUGGCAAGGUCGAAUUGGGUUACGGUAUUAGGAAGCUCGACGGAAGACACUAUCAGGGACAAUUGAUGCAAAUAACAAUGAUGGCAACUCCAAACAUGAACAAGGAGCUUCACUACCUCAACAAGGAAGACAAGCUGCUGCGCUGGCUCCUAGUUAAACACCGCGACAUCAAGAUUGGAUUAUCGGAAUUGGAAGAUCAUCAGGACGAGUCUAACCGAGUUACUAAUAGGAGAAUGUUUGAUGAAUCCUCAACGGACGAAGAAGACGAUAUUUUAGGGUUAUCUCGAUGAGGAGAAGAAAACAGCUGAAGAAAUCGUUUUACUUUGAUAUGUUACUAAGAACAGAUCUUUCAUGGGAGCCUCCUUCAUCUUUCUCUUAAUGGUUAUUGAUUUUGGUGUGUUUUGUUUACCAAGAAGUGGUUUUUUAGUUUUGUUUUGCUCAGACGAUGAAACAAGUUUAAUUAUGUAAUAAUCAUAUUUAGUAUUUGGAUA